AUGCUCAAAUGUAGCCUGGCUUCUAAAAUUCUGACUGAUAUAACAUCAGCUACGAAGGCCUUCAUUGAUUCGACGUCCAAAGCACUAGGACGUUCAGAUGCACCGCCAAAGUUCGAAUCAAGGGGAGGAACUAGACGGGACGAUGCUGCAUUGCAAAAUCUACAAGCUAGAUGCCGACUAGUUGCCGGUUAUUUCACAUCUCAGCUUUUGCCUCAGCAGUCAUGUCCACCUCUACUCGUGCUUAGUAGUGGCAACCUCGAUGAGGCGCUGUGUGGCUCUCUUACAAAAUAUGACUGCUCUAGUGCAGAUUUAAAUCCUAUCGGUAGCAUUAGUAAAGAGGAUCUUCGGUGCUUCUUGGCGUACUUCAUCACUAAUGUCCGAACUUCCGAGUGUUCUCAAUUCUGCGAAUUGGCUUCGGUGCUGAAUGAGAUUUUGGAAGCCCAACCGACUCCUGAGCUGACACCACUUGACGCGGAGCAGAACGACGAGACUGAUAUCGGAUUAACUUACUCCGAAUUGUUGCAACUUGGAACCCUUCGCAAAAAGGAAGCUCUAGGACCAGUUGGAGUGUUCAAGCGCUUCAUGGAGUUGAAUGAAGUCAAAAAUAAAUUGGACGCUUCGGUGAAGCUCUUCUUCCGAAAGUAUUCUGCAAAUCGUCACAAGUCAACUGUUCUUCCACCGUCUCUUCAUAUGGAAUCCUACAGUGCUGAUGAUAAUCGAUUUGAUCUCCGACCUUUCCUCUACCGCCAAGACUGGCCCCACCAAUUCGAGAAAAUGGAUGAAAUCGUGGCUAACAUGCAGAAUUGA